AUGGAGGAAUUGGCAAAGAAGAAGGAUGAAAUAGAAAAGGAGGUAAAUGAGUUAACUGAAUUUUUAAAUUCAUGUGGUCCAGAUGUGGGUAUUUCUGGAAAACUUGUAGAUAGUGAGGGGUUUCCAAGGUCAGAUAUAGAUAUAUAUGCAGUUAGAAGAGCAAGAAAUAGAAUCGCAAUAUUAAACACAGACUAUUCAAAUUUGAUGAAAGAAAUAGAAGAAAAGCUAUUUGAUAUUCAUAGCAAAGAGAAGACUUAUGUUCCUAUUGAUAAAUCAGAUAAAAGCCCUAAAUGUGGUGUUGCAAUAUGUUCGGGUUAUCCAUUUGGGCUUGUAGAUAGUGUUUUGGAGGGAUCUCCAGCAUUUCAGAGUGGUAUAAGGACAGGUGACUUAAUACUAGGAUUUGCAGACCUUAAGGCAGAGUCCGAGUUAAGUUCUCAAGAAGAAUCAAAACAAUUGAUAAGUAGAUUAUCAACAUUAGUACUAAAUAAUUUGGAUAAAGUCAUCAAAGUUACAAUAUUAAGAAGUAACGUUAAACAACCUGAAGAACUUCUGUCUGAGUUUUCAUCAUAUAUCAGUAAUUCCGACUUAAGCUACAAAGUUUUAAACUUACAAGAAUUUGAAAGAAAAGAUCUAGAUCUCAUUCCCAAAAUAUGGCAAGGAUCUGGCUAUCUGGGAUGUCACAUAGCAUUUUUUCAUAAGUUCGUAGAGAGAUAG